AGUUUGCUGCUUCUUUAUGUUACAAGCCCAGAUCAUGUUUAUCUAGGCAGAUUAUGUUGAUUGAUAUAAUCCUUUCCUGGUUGGAGAAAAAACUCCCUAGGAAUUUAUCUAGUUUAGUUGAUUUAAGUUGAUUUUACCUUUUUGGUUGAUUGAUAAAGAAGUUGGUUGAACUCUUUAAUUUGCCUAUGUGGUUAGAAGGUAGUACUUGGUCUUUUGCAUGCUUCUAUAUCCCAACUCUGGAGGUCAUGUCCUUAAAUUCUUCCAGACCAUUACGACGGAAAUUUGUACAAAAAUGUUAACUGCUAUCAUGCUUUGCGGACUUAUUAAUCUGGCCUGACAAAGUUACCUUAUUUUAUUGACCUAAUGUGAUUUUUUUGGGUAGCUGUAACCCUUGGUUUUUGUCCUUCUAUGCUGUCUGAGUCUCUUAAUUUUUUAUUUUUUUUUUUGUGAAUCACUGACAUGUUUGAUUAUCUCAAUUUGUAUUUUAUCAUGAUUAGCUGACAUGUUGUGUUCUGUGAGGUUUAGAUACGAGAGAAGAAAUUCAGCUCGGCAGAUAUGCACUUUAAAGAGUUUUUGAUUUCCUUCCUUUUGUAGAUACAUGCUUUGUAAGUUAUAAUUGUAUUUUUGUCUCAUAUGUUCUGGCAAACUUAUUGUGAGUCCUUGGGUGAUACUACAGGUAUAUUGAAUUUUAUGAUUGCAAUGUCUGUGCCAAUGGCUAUAGCUCUCUCUGGCCACCUACUUUUCGGACUACCUGUAAUGGUUAAACCAUCAGAAGCUGAAAAGAACCUUGUUCAAACUAAUGCUUCUGGUGGUGGUUCAGUUGUGGGAUCCUAUGGUGCAGUUGAUAGAAAACUGUAUGUGGGAAAUUUACACUUCAACAUUACAGAAUUUCAGCUUAAACAGAUUUUUGAAGCUUUUGGGCCCGUGGAGCUUGUGCAACUACCUACUGACCCUGAGACAGGACACUGCAAAGGUUUUGGAUUUAUUCAAGUUAGUAUAACUUCAUAUUGA